AUGCCGGUCCUCGGGACAGAUCCAGCCACGUACCAAAGCGAGCCCCUGGUCGACUGGGACCUCAUCUCAACCCCGCAAGAGGGUGCGGGCGGGCGGACCAUUCACUACGCCAGGGGCAAGACGCUGGGCGGGAGCUCCGCGCUCAAUACGCUGGCGUAUGUCCGCGGAUCCAAGGGAACAUACGACCGGUGGGCUGAGGAGGUCGGUGACGAUAGUUACCAGUGGGACAGCGUCUUGCCGCUUUUCAAGGCAGGCGCCCAACUCACGCCACCCGACUUGGAGAAGCGCAAUGCCCCCAACGCGACGCCGAGCUGGGACCCGGAUGCCUUUUCUGCGGUCACUGGUGCUGAACAGAGGCCGCUUCAUGUAUCUUUCGGCAACUGGGUGGAUGCAACGACCUCGUGGCUUGCGCGCGCUCUCCAAGGCAUUGGAAUGGCGCCUGCCCCGAAGGGCUUAAACAGCGGGUCGAUAAGCGGCGUGGGAGGGUGGACGUCAUCUACGAUCGAUCCUCGAGAUGCCACUCGGUCUUCUUCACAGACAAGCUAUCUGGAGUUGGCAGAGAGUGAAACUAGAAUAGAGGUCUACUCCCGCACACAGGCAACAAAGAUAUUAUUUGCAGCGGAGACGGCCGUAGGCGUGGCAGUUGAAAGUCAGGGGGUAGCCUUCACACUGACCGCUAGGAAAGAGGUCAUUCUCUCAGGAGGCGUAUUCCAUUCUCCGCAGCUGUUGAUGAUUUCUGGUAUCGGACCGAGCGCCGCGCUUCAGUCUCUCGGUAUCCCAGUUAUCAAAGAUCUACCCGGAGUAGGCCAGAAUCUGUGGGAGCAGAUAACAUUCAGCGUUUUGCAAGGAAUGAGCACACCAACAGGAAGGACUUUGGUGGACUCCCCAGACCCGUCCGUCCGAGAUGAGACCUUGAGGCAGUACCACGAUCACCAGGCUGGCCCGUAUAGUCAGGCAGGCGGAUACUUUUCUUUCGAGAAGAUCCCCGAACGCUUGCGCGCCAACUUCUCCAAGGAAACCAGGGACAAGCUCGCAGAUUUCCCAGAUGAUUGGCCAGAGACGCAGUACAUCCCUUUCGGAUUCGCCAUCACAUCGGGCAAUACCUCCCAGACAGUAGGCGUCAUGAGUGCCACCCUGACAGCGCCGUUGUCCCGUGGUAACGUCACAAUAACUUCGACGAGCAUCAAGGACCCUCCUGUUUUUGACCUCGCAUGGCUCUCGGACCCGGCGGACGCCGAAGUCGCCGUGGCUGCGCUCAAGCGCUGCCGGGAAGCGCUUGCAGACCCUUCGCUCUCUUCCGUCCGUGUUGGAUCAGAGUUUGCUCCGGGCACCAGUGUGACGACCGACGAGGACAUACUGGCUUAUAUUCGGCAGUCGGCGUCCACUGUCUGGCACGCGAGCGGCACGUGUAAGAUGGGCAAGGUUGAAGACCUCAUGGCCGUGGUGGACUCGAGGGCGAAGGUGUUUGGUGUUGAGGGGCUGCGUGUUGUAGAUGCUAGUGCAUUUCCAUUUGCCAUGCCUGCGAACCCGCAGGCUACUGUGUACAUGCUUGCUGAGAAGAUUGCGGAUGCGAUAAUCAGGGGACUUUGA